AUGCUCCAAGAAACGAAGCUGUGUGAAGAAUUUUCAGCCAAAUAUUAUGGGAUCUGCGCCCUUGGAGGAAUGGUCAGUGCCGGAGCUACGCAUGUCGCUAUUACUCCUCUUGAUGUCCUCAAAGUUAAUAUGCAGGUGAAUCCAGUCAAGUAUAAUAGCAUUUCUACCAGCUUUACCACUCUACUGAGAGAGGAUGGGGUUUCGGCUUUCAGGAGAGGCUGGACCGGCAAAUUCUUUGGAUAUGGUGUUCAAGGCGCUUGCAGAUUCGGCCUUUAUGAAUACUUCAAGAAACUUUACUCCAACAUUCUAAAAGACCAAAACAAGACUACAAUAUUUUUCUUCAGCAGUGCAUCUGCUGAAGUGAUUGCUAAUGUGGCUCUUUGUCCUUUUGAGGCCAUCAAGGUUCGUGUUCAAGCUCAACCCCAGUUCGCAAAGGGUCUAGCCGAUGGCUUCCCAAAGCUAUAUGCAUCAGAAGGUCUUCAUGGCUUAUACAAAGGGCUCAUUCCACUUUGGGGUCGUAACUUACCAUUCUCUAUGAUCAUGUUUUCAACUUUUGAGCAUUCGGUGGAUUUUCUGUAUCGUAAAGCUAUUCAAAGAAAAAAGGAAGAUUGUUCGAUCACACAACAACUUGGCGUUACAUGUUUAGCUGGAUACGCUGCUGGAUCUGUUGGGAGCAUCAUUUCGAACCCUGCAGACAAUAUCGUUGCUUCUCUCAAUAACAAAAAGGCUGGUAGUCUGAAGCUGGUUGUGAAGAAAAUUGGAUUGCGGAAUCUAUUUACGAGAAGUCUUCCUAUCAGGAUCAUGCUCGUGGGGCCUGUUGUGACUUUACAAUGGCUAUUCUAUGACACCAUCAAGGUGUUAAGUGGCCUACCGACAAGUGGGCACAUUUGCUCUGAAGUAGAAGAUACUGGGGACAAGAUUCAAGUAAACACUUGAGUUCAUGUUCACAAACAGAACAUGUUACAGGUUAUUUCUGCAAAACCCAUCCUACUAAUGGAGUCCAAGAACCAUUCGCUUUUCUCAGUUUUCAAGUCCUAGGGGAACAUGUUUUGCCUCAGUUUUAUGCUUCAUUCCUUGAGGAUAUAUCAAGCAGCUAGUUUAUAAUCAU